AUGAAGUUGUACGAUUCACUCAUCAUCGGCGCUGGACCAGCCGGACUUUCGGCAGCCCUAGGUCUUGGUCGAGUACAUAGGAGUUGUGUUGUCUUCUCGAACUCUUCCUAUCGCAAUGCAGGUGUCCAUGCUGCACACUCUAUCCUUGGACACGAUGGGAAGUCUCCUGAACAAAUUCGUCAAGCUGGUCGGAAGGAGGUUGAGUCCUAUGGACAUGCCGAGUUCAUCGAGGCCGCCAUAGAAAAAGUCCGUAGAGAAACCAACCAGCAAGGUGGGGACUCCCAAGAUGCUUUCGUGGUUGAAGACAAUCAAGGCCGAACAUGGAGUGGCCGUUCUGUCGUCCUUGCGACCGGUGUGAAGGAUCAAUUCCCUGAUUUGCCAGGGUAUGUGGAAAAUUGGCCCUCAAACAUCUAUCAGUGCAUGUUUUGUGACGGGCACGAACGUCAUCAUCUACCCAAAGGUAUCUUCGCCUAUCCUAAACUCACUCCGAUGUAUAUCAAAUUCGCCACUAUGGCACACUUCCUCUCUUUACCGCCGGGUUCAGCCCAGGAUCCGACCAUCCAUACAAAGCCUUCAUUAGUUACUGUUUUCACCAAUGGCCCUGCCAAUCCGGACAACGAUGAAGCCUUAGCGAAAGGUCUCGAGACACUUGCAGCACAUCGAAUCAAGAUUGAUGAACGGCCUGUCACCAAGCUUGUUCCCGACCAGAAGGAAGGGCUGCAUGUCCACUUCGGUGACUCCGAGUCCGUGUACAUGGGAUUUCUCGUUCACAAACCUUGGACUCAGCCUUCAAGGGUGGUCCAAUCCAUCAUUGACCACCUCGGCAUUGGCACUGUCGACUCUCCGGUUGGUACAUAUAUUGCGACUUCACCACCAUUCAACAGCACAGUCGUCCCUGGUGUGUUUGUAGUGGGAGAUGCUGGAACAAUGAUUACCGCCGUCACAUCAGCGAUCAUGAGCGGUGCUGCUGCCGCUGCCGCUGUGUCACAUUUUUGUAACGAUCUCGAUGAUGAGAUUGCAUUAAAGCGCCAUCGAGUGUCUUUUGGCCAGGUCAAGCAAGAUGCCGCACUUGAGGGCUAA